ACACACACACACACACAGCCGUGUGUAAGCUGUCUGGGGAAAUUAGGGUCACUCUGCUGGGAUUCAGCCGGCCAGCAGCAGCUCUCUGCCAUGGAGGCCAUGCACAUGCUGGACAACUGGAGACAGGAUCUUCAUGUGUCGCAGGAAGACGUGGACAACUCCAUGGACAUGGAUCGCUUCAACAGGAACAUGCCUGAGCUCGGGCGAAAAACUCACCAAGUCUUACAGAGUACCCCACUGGAUUUAAUCGAGACUGGAAAGGGGCUGAAGUUUCAAGCGGAGCGCCCCCACCUGGUCAGCCUGGGCAGUGGACGACUGAGUACAGCGAUCACCUUGCUGCCUCUGCCUGAGGGCCGAACCACUCUGGGGUACGGUGCCAUGGACAUCAACAUCCAGGGCCCUGGUGUGGCAGCACAGCACUGCUACAUCGAGAACAAUUCGGGCGUCAUCACAUUGCAUCCUUCUGGGAACCUCUGCGCUGUCGAUGGGCUCCAGGUCCAACAGCCCACCCGUCUGUCACAAGGCUGUAUGCUGUGUUUUGGACAGUCAGCCUUCUUCCGCUUCAACCACCCUGAGGAGGCCUUCAGGAUGAAGAGCAUGAUGCCUCAUGGAGGAGGUGUUCGCACCGGGAGCUACACGUUGAGUCCAGACACUGAGAGUUUGGUCAAUGGAAAUCACCAGGCCAGUUCCUCCCAGUCUCCCUCAGCUCCUGGAGAAAGAGUCCAGUCUGAGCACAGCGCCAUCGUCAGCUCCAUUGAGAAGGACCUCCAGGAGAUCAUGGAUUCCCUAGUCAUGGAUGACCUUGAGCCCUCCUCCUCUGAUGCAAAAAAGCCCCCUGGGGGGCAGUCCAUGCACCACUCCCCAUUGUCGCCUAUGGUCAAUGGAGGGGGGAGGUAUUUGUUGUCCCCUCCCACCAGCCCAGGUGCUAUGUCUGUGGGGUCCAGCUAUGAAAAUGCCUCCCCUCCCUUCUCGCCCCUUUCCUCCCCCUCGCCUGCCAGCAGUGGGAGCUUCACCAGCCCAUCGCCUGGCGGAGGACACCACGACCAGAGUUCUUUUCUGCCACCUGUGCCUAUACGCUCUUCUAGCUACAACUUCAGCACCCAGCCUCCGCCUGUUCCCCUGCCAAGGACCAUACUGCCUAAUUUUAGCAGCACCGGGGUGGGCCAAAAGGUCCAGGAAAGCCCCAGGCUACAGAGGAAAGUGUUGACAGAGACCCCUCCGAGCCCCAAGCCCAGCCGCCGGGGACUCGACCAGGAUGGCUCUGGGAGCCCUCGACAUACUCCUCUUGUAUCGUCUAGUGAGUCUCUCAGUGGUAAAAACAUUGUGCCAAGUAGCCCCAGAGUCACCCCCAAAUUUCCAAGCUGUUCAUCGCCGUCUCCAUCGCCUUCACCAUCUAGUCCCAGAACCAAGACUGCCACAGUGCUCCAGGAAAGGCCGGCCAGUCCCUUCAGAGAGCAGACCAUUUUAGCUGAUGGAUCCCAGAACUCCAACUCCUCCAGGCAGCUUUCACAGCCCAGUAAGGCUUUUCAGCCCCCCCUGGAUCCCAUCGUUCACGUCAUCCAAGGAUCUCCUCUCCCUCAGCAUCCACGGUCGCUGCAUCCCCCUGAAAGCCCCAGGUUGGCCCGAAGGAACUUGGAAUUGAAUGGUGGCAGCGCAGGGAGCAGCAGUAUGAGAGAGCUGCCGCCUCUUAGUCCUUCACUGGCCCGGAGGGGGGUUCCGGUUCUUCCAGGGGCACUGCCUGGAACAAUCUCUACGUCAAGGACGCCAGACAGCCCCUCAUGUCUGGGCAGGCUGGUCCCAGAGAGUCCCAGGUUACGGCGCAAAACCGGAUCCGCGUCAGAGGAGCCGUCUUGCAGCAGAGGGAUCCGAGCUCGCAGUCCGUCCCCCACCUCCAUGUUAAUGGAGGGUAGCAGCGGAGUAGGGAUACGUAAGGCAAGCUUCGGGAACUCUUUAUCACCCGCUUUCAGUCUGGGCUCCCUACCUGUCUCAUCCCCUGCAGCCAGCCCCAGGACCCAGAGGAAGAUGUCCUUGGGGAGACCCCACCCAGGAAUGCGAGAGAGGAAGAACAGCAUCACAGAGAUCAGCGACAACGAAGACGAGUUGCUGGAGUACCACCGCCGACAGCGAGAGGAGCGGCUCAGGGAGCAGGAGAUGGAGAGGCUGGAGAGGCAGCGACUGGAGACCAUCCUGACCCUCUGCGCCGAGUACAACAAAGGUGAGAGCGUGGGGCUGGAUCCCCUGGGCUCAGGACAGCUGGGUUUCCCUGGGAGUCUGGGUGACUUCUCAGGGCGGAGGCCGUCCCUGGAGAAUCUUCUGGGAGGAACCCCAACGUCGCCGGCUGCCCUCCGCCUGGCGCAGAGACAGAGGGAGAGCGACGAGGAGAACCUGAAGGAGGAAUGCAGCAGCACCGAGAGCACCCAUCAGGAGGUGAGGACCUCUCCUGCCCCCAGCAGAGUGUCAGCGGUCCACAAUGGAGAGCCACAGCAUGAGGACUCGUCUGGCUCAGGCAGCGCGGGCCGUUCAGAGCUGACUUACCUGGAAGAUGAGAGGACCCGCGUUCUGGCCCGGACUGAUGAACUCAAAGCCCGACUCACCGAGCUGGAGCAGCAACUCCAGGAGUCCGAACAAGAGGCGGAGAUGGAGCGCGCCCUGCUGCAGGGCGAGACGCAGGCCGAGCUCGACCAGAUAGAGGCUGAGACGGACGUCGUCAGUCAGCUGCAGCGCAAGCUGGAGGAGCUGGAGAGCGCCAUCCAGAGGGAGAAGGACAAGGAGAGGGCAAAUGUUGAAGCCGAGCGGCGGGCCCUGCAGAGGAUCCAGGAAGGCUAUGCUGAGCUGAAGAACCAGCUUCAUAACUGUCCAGAGUCCCUGAGGGAACAGUUGCAGGAACAGCUCAAAAGGGACGGAGAGGCAUUGGAAGCAGGGACCAAGAAGUUUGAGGAUCUGGAGUUCCAGCAGCUGGAGAGAGAGAGCAGCCUGGAGGAGGAAAGGGAGACGCUCAGCCAGCAGCUCCUUCAGGAGAAGGCAGAGUACCACCGCAGCAUGGCCAAGAGGAAGGAAAAGGUUUCUGCUCUGGAGAAGCAGGCCAGCCAGCUUGGUCAACAGGCUUCCCAGGAGUGUGAGCGGCUGGCCAAGGACCGGACGCUCAUGCUGCAAAUGCUCCAAAAGGAGAAGGAGCGACUGUUGGCUCUAGAGAAGAGGUACCACACCCUGACCGGAGGAAAGAGCUUCCCCAAGUCUUCCUCUGCCAUGAGAGAGGUGUUUCGCUCCAAGCUGGACAGUGAUCCCGGCGUUCCGCUCUGUCAGUCCAAGUCAGGCUCCUCGUCUCCCCUGCAGCACGGAGCGGCAACGCUGGGGCGCAACACCAGCUCCAAGAGCCCCCUGCUGGCCGCCGGCAGCACUGGAAGCCUGCCCAGGAACCUGGCUGCCACUCUGCAGGACAUCGAGACCAAGAGACAGCUGGCUCUGCAGCAGAAAGGUCAGCAGGUGAUUGAGGAACAGCGCCGCCGUCUGGCCGAGCUCAAGCAGAGAGCCGCCGCCGAGGCCCAGUGCCAGUGGGAGGCGCUGCACGGCUCCCAGCCUCACCUCCCGACCUCUUACUCCCCCCUCAUGGCCAACAGUCCCACUCUGAGCCACAACUCAUCAGGCCCCCCAUCCCUGGUGCACCACUCCAUCCUGCACCACCAGCCUCCAUCGGCGGGAGAGCAGCCCUACGACACCCUGAGCCUGGAAAGCUCAGACAGCAUGGACACCAGCAUUUCCACGGGCAACAACUCGGCCUGCUCACCCGACAACAUGUCUGGUGUUGGAGGGGUGGACGUGCUGAAGAUCGAGGAGAUGGAGAAGAUGCUAAAGGAGGCGCAGCUGGAGAAAGCCAGACUGAUCGAAUCGCGGGAACGAGAGAGCCUGGCUCGCCGUCAGAUGUUGGAGGAGGAGAGGAGGAAGAGGGAGGAGGCGGAGAAAAGACUCCAGGAUGAAACUUUCCACAGAAAGCAGCUUGUGGAGAAGGAGGUCAAGAUGAGGUCCAAGAACUUUUCUCAGGCUCGACCGAUGACCCGCUACCUGCCCAUCAGGAGGGAGGAGUUUGACCUGCGCUCGCAUGUGGAGUCGUCGGGCCACAGCGUGGAGACGUGUUAUCACGUCAUCCUCACAGAGAAGAUGUGCAAGGGCUACCUGGUGAAGAUGGGAGGCAAGAUCAAGUCCUGGAAGAAGCGCUGGUUUGUGUUCGACCGCCUCAAGAGGACCUUCUCCUACUACGUUGACAAACAUGAGACCAAGCUGAAGGGUGUGAUCUACUUCCAGGCUAUAGAAGAGGUCUACUACGAUCACCUCCGCAGUGCCACUAAGAGCCCCAACCCAUCGCUGACCUUCUGCGUGAAAACACACGACCGCCUCUACUACGUGGUGGCGCCAUCGGCGGAGGCCAUGAGGAUCUGGAUGGACGUGAUCGUCACGGGAGCGGAGGGAUACACUCAGUUCAUGAACUGAGCAGGAGGGCGAGCGGGACGCUGCUGCGGCGAUUGGACACACGAUCCACGGGAUCCGUUCUGACGUCCGCUCCGACUUGGACACCACGCCUGUUUGUUACCGUUUCUGAUUUUAUUUCUGCGUUUGAUCACACAAUCAUUUCUCCAUGCAGGCGUUUCCUUCGUCAUGUUUCCAAUGUGAUUCUGUUUGGAUUGAAAAAGGGAGCUGCUGCCACACACACACACACACACACACACACACACACACACACACACACACACACACACACACACACACCUAAACACAUCUCUGUAUAUAAACCAAAAUGUUCACCUGUCCAGGACUGUUCAAAGCCUUUCUAUAUUGCCAAAAGGAGAUCUUGUAGUUACUGUUGAAUAUUUUGUAUUAUUUGUUUGUUUUUUUUUUACUUAGAGAAAAAAUUGCCAAAUGACACGUUGCCAAUGUUAUUGAGUGUUCUAUUGUAACUUUGAGUGUAAAGAGAGACGAUUUGAAGAAUUCCCUUCACUUUAACGUGUUUCAGCUGCCGAAACAUUUUUUCUUUUUAACGGUCAGCAGCAGCAGAGAUGAUCUCAGAUCCCAGAUCCACGUCUUCACCAGGCUUACCAAAGGAUCGGGCCGUCCACAGGAGAGUCCAUUCAGUAGGACAGAGUUAUGGGCUGCAAUGGUUUGAUCGACGCCAUUACACAACAAAACUUCAAUGGUCUCUAUGCUUCAAAGCUGUCAGAAGAGGCUGGCUUAAACUUAUGCUAACCUAGCUAUCCUAGGUUAGCAUCAAGUCUGUAACUAAAGAGAGAAAGUGUAAAAUAAUCAGAGCGAUUUCUGGUCAGACAUUUUGAUUCCAUCUCUGUUUUCCAGAGUUCCCAGGUUGGGCGAGGUUUUGUUAAUACAUUAUUGUCCAGCCCUGAACAUUUGGUCAUUUUAUUUAUUUAUUAUUUGGUUAUAUCAGCACCAACAUCGGUACCAACCGGUCAUUUUUGACAUAUCGGUAUUGGUCCAAUAAACGGGCUGAUAUUAACAACCAAUAUUUAUUUCCAACUUGUUUGUUUCUGGUCAAGGUUGGUCAGGAGCCAUUUUUAUGGUCAUGUGACAGAGAGAUGCAACAAAGGAUUAUGGGGAAGCAGUGGUGAAGUCAUGUUUUCCAAUAUUCACCUAGAUAUAUUUAGCUAUCAGUGAUAACAGCAGUAUUGGUAUCGGGUAUUUAUAUUGGUCCAGAUUUGCAUAUUGGUGCCUUUCUAAUUUAUUGCUCAGUCUUUAUCCCUGUGUGGUCGAAUUAAAACCGGUUGAGUGGAUCAGAAGCAGAAUCAUUGGAAAUAGAAAGUAAUGUAAAAUAUUAUUCAACAGGGAUUAUGAUUAGCAUUGAAACAUUUGUAUGACUUACCUCCAUAAUUCAUAUUUGUAACCUCGCAGGAGAUGCUUAAGCAGUGAGGCGGAAAUGAAACAAAAAGGUGACAACUGAGUAUUAAACUGUGAAAACUAACUGAAGCUUUCCUAAACAUGACCAAGUGUGUGUGUGAAACCAUCAGUCCUCUGACAGCUUUGAAGCAUCCCUUCUCGUCAGGCGGCUGUUUUAGGCUCGUUUAAUUGAGAACUGUAUGUAUUUAAUGAAAGAAAACCCAACACUCUGAGGCUGACUGCCAAAACAAAACACUGUCCAUUGGUUUCACCAAAGCUGCCAUGAUGCCCUGAACUCAUCGCUCUGGUUCCGGUUCUGACACGGCGCAGGCUCAGGAAGCCUUUAGCUAACUUGAUGAUGGGAAGCAGCAUCACCACAACCAGCCUAAAGCAGCAAGCACACAUUCAACUGUUUGGAUGAUGCAAUUCAGACCUGUGCCUUCACCACAUGUUCCUGAGUCCUGCACAGCCUCACUGUGGAGCCUGCAUCACACGGACGCUUUCACACCACUGUCUCUUUGAGCUCUCCAAUAGUAUCAUGUACAGGUUUGCAUGCUUUCCUCUUUACCUUGGAAAUGGUUCUCAUGAUCCCAGAGGGUCCCAACAUGGUGGCCUCAUUGGAUCAGUUAAAGAAAAUUUCACCUAGGAGACAUACUACAGAUCCUUGAGAAAGGAUUGUUACAAUCUGAGAAAACAAGUCAAGUGGACUGCUAGAAGCAAUCCUUUCACUUUUAAAUUGGACAAUGUGGAACACGUGGCUCACAACAUGGCUGCUCGUGUGAACCUGUCUACCAAGAAUUAUUUCAUGGGAAUCUCCCUUCCAAACGCCUGUCACUGAAAGGAUUGCCUUGGAUCCAAGGGAUCUGAAGGAUAUCCCUGCACCUUGUGGUUGGCCGUACAGGAAGCACUUCAGGAGUAGAUUUAACCUUCCAGUGGUCUUUUAGUGCGAUGCUCAGGAGGAACACGGCAGAUUUCAACAGCGGGAAAGACCCGAAAUCACACAUUAACCAAAAAAAAAAAAAACCCUGACAAAAGUCUGGUGAGAGCAACCUCACCAGAUUACGCACAGGAUAGAAAGCUUGUGGAGUCCAAUUGACCUGGUUUCUUACACUGCAGGAGGGCAGAACUAGUUGCCAUGCUGGUAGCAUGCUGCUUUUUUCAGCUCUUUUCCAUUUCAUAUAAGGCCAACAUUUGCAAAUGACUAAAAUAUUAAAUGACUAAAUAUCAGCUGGCAUGGGUCAACACAAUGCCAGCAGAAUGAUUACAAAGGUAAUCUGGGAUGAUUGAGCAAAAAGUUCUGACUGGCAUCAGACUGUAGAAAAAGUAGUUCAGAUGUAAUGAUCUGUAUUGAAUAAUCUUUAGUCAUUAUUGGAAGUCUGUGAAUCAAUAAAUGAGCCUCCACAAACCUCUGCACUACCAUAUCUAUAGGAUGCAGGUAUGGACUUUAUGAUCCUAGAUAAAACAAAAACCAGACUGAAAAAAUUCAUCUGGUGCAUAUCGGCUGCAUAACGCCAUGAGAAAACGUUCAUGUCUUGUCCUUCGUUCAACUAUUAGCACGCUCCCUGGUUUGCAGAAAAACUAAUUUAUUGAUUGUUUACUAGGGGUGGGCAUUUAACACAAUGUUUAUCAUGAGAAGUUAUACAAAUUUUGAUUUAUUGUUGUCACAAUGGAUUCCAAUCAAUAUUUUUAACAUAAACCAAACUCCAUGUUGUCAUUUUAGGACUUUCUCCACUGUUCAAUGAGAAUAUCAUUACAUAUCAAUAUAUUUGAAAAUAUGAUUAAAUGUAGCUACUGUGUACAAAUCACACUUCUUUAUGUAAUAUUUAUUGUGAUUGUCACUUUCAUUGUUAUCACAAGAGCAGAGAAUAUUGUGAUAAAACUUGAAGUCCAUCUCGCCCACCCCGAGCAGGAACCUCACCGUAUGCUGAUGUUCAGAUUGAAUUGGCUACUGCUGUACUUUAGUGAGGCCUUUUUUUGUUCACAGCGUGUUUUAUAAUUCUGCCUUAAUAGUCCAACAGAAACCUGAAAUAGUGUUUCGGGAAGCUGCCUCAACACUGGAGCUCCUCUUAACACCCCACUGUGACCAGACCGGAGGCCUUUAGCACGGAGCGUUAGCAUGGAGACACUUCAGUCGUCCAGUAGUGAGUGUGUAUGCAGUCGCAUGUUAUCCCCAAGAAGUUUCUAAGUGACAUCUGUUGGUCAUUAAUUGCUGUUAUCUACACAUAUAUGAAAGAAAAAUCGUAUUGUAAAGAGAAUGAAUGCCUGAGUGGAAAGUCAGUGAUAUUGUAUGAAAAGAUGACUUUUCACUUUUGUCAUUUCAGAACUUUUAUUGCAGCUUGCAUUUGAAAUUGUACAAUAGUCACAUAUGAAUAUCUUUUUUUUUUUACUGGUACAACACUUGUGCAGGUACGUGUACACAGAAUAAAUCAGCCAUCACCAUUAAGACUGGAUCCUCAUGUUCCCCUCAGACACAAUCAACACUCUGACUAUGCUGUUACUGUGUCAUGUGUCACUUUCAUGUAUGAAUAAUGUGGAUUUCUGUCAGAUCUAUUAAUAAAAAAAAAACAAAA